AUGGAGAGGAAAAAGAACAGCAAUAAUGGAAGCAAGAUUUGUAUAAUCUGCAAAAAGUGCUUCGCCAGCGGAAAAGCCAUGGGAGGGCAUAUGAGGUCCCACUUUGUGAAAUUGCCCGUCGUUCCCAAGCCUGCUCCAAUAACCCCAAUUGCAGAUCAUAUCCCUUUAGAAAUAUCCGAAGUCUGUGUUGAUGGGGGUUCAUCCUUAUCCCAUCAGCGUUCGAUCUCCUUCUCUUCACCAGAAAGUCAUAUGAUGAUGAAAUCACAUACUGAACAUAACUUUCACUCCAUGAAUCAAGACUUCGCAACAAGACUAUCGAAUCCCAGUGAUGACCAAGGAAGUGAAGCAGAUCAAUCUUACAUGACCGGAAAGAGAUCUAAGCGCAGCCGUAAAAUUGAUGAUGCAACAAGAGCAUUAAUGUCACCGCCUAAGACCAAGGUUGAUGAAGCCGGUCCAAACCAUGCAGGUUCGAUCUUUGAUUCAUACUUUUUAACUAUAAAUGCUGCUUUGACUCUCAUGUUACUUUCCAAGGAGAAAUGGCCUGAAGGCAAAGAAUUGAUCAAGAAGAAACAAAAAUUGAAGGAUGAGAAUGAACAAGAAGACUCAUAUGCGGAGGUUUACUCUCAGGGGGAAAGGUUUGAAUGCAAGAUGUGCAGGAAAAUUUUUGGAUCUUACCAAGCACUUGGUGGGCACAAAGCAAGCCAUAAAAGGUUUAUCAAGCAUGAUCAAUUGGAGGUAGAUGGUGAAUUUGAUGAAGAAAAUGAGUAUGAUGGUAACAUAGGGAAUCAUACUGAUGUUCUUGAAGAUCCAGCAGUGUUGAAGUGCCCCCACUGCUCUAAAGUGUUUGGGUCUAGCCAAGGACUUGGAAGGCACAAGAAGGUACAUUUUCCCAAUGCCACGAAUUUUGGGGCUAGAUACAUAGAUCUUAACUCACCUGCUCAUAUGGAAGAUACUGAAGAAUAG